AUGGACGUGAGGAAGCCGGGCUCUACAUGGACGACCAUGGUAGUCCUAGUCGACGCAUGCCAAGGCGUGGCCGUGAACCUCGGAGACUCCAAUGCGUCCAACGACGGCUUCUCGGAAGCCGUCAACAUCCUCAGCAAGCCCUUUCCCCCACGAACCUUCCAAGUCAGCAUCUCCAAUAUGAUUUCGACGAACUCGAGUGCCAUGACGGACAUAACUGCACUCAUCCUUUCUCCGAGCUUCCUCAUCUCGGCUGCCCUUCUUGUCGCCGGCAAUGUCGUCUUCUUUCUAAUUUCUUACACUCGCCGCCCGAGGGGCUUCCCCCCGGGCCCGCUCGGUCUCCCGGGCCUCGGCAACCUCUUCCAGAUCAACAAAUCGAUUCCUGCUCUGACCUACAGCGCCUGGGCGCACAAGUACGGCCAGGACAGGCCGCUGGGCGUCAAGCUGGGCGCCACCAACAUCGUGGUGCUGAACAGCGCGCGGAUGGUGCGCGAUCUGUUUGAGCGGCGCGGCGCCAUCUACAGCGACCGGCCGCGACCGAACGGCGAGGACGAGAAGUGGAAGUUCCAGACACACGAAGUCCCCGCCUCCCUCUUCCACGACAGCGGGCCCUGGCUGACGCGGUGGCGCCGCGAGUUCAACGGCGCCCUCGGUAGCGCGGCCGCCGUCGCGCGCCUGCACCCGAUGAACGACGCCGAGACGGCCCGUGCGCUGGUUGCGCUGCUCGAGGCGGGUCCGACCACCCGGCGCGCCGAGCUCGAGGACAUCAUCCUGAGCUGGGUCACGAGCGUGCCGUGCAUCGCCGUAUGCGGGCGGCGGCCGGACGCCAUGGCCCACCACGGCUUUGACAUGGACACCUUCCGACGCCGGACCGCCGGCUACAUGAUGCUCCACAAGCCCAGCCUGAUGGACUCGAUCCCGGUGCUCCGGUACCUCCCCGGCAAAUUUGGCAUGGCUGGGUGGAGGGCGAAGUCGCGCGCCGUCGCGAAAGACGUGUUCGAGAUCGCAGACCAGUUCCUCAGCGCCGCCAAGGAGCACCGCGCGGCGCUGGACGGCGCCGACGCCGCGGCGGGAAAGGGUCUCAGCAACAGAACCGAAGGGUACUACGAGAGCCUGGGGGCCCGGAUGCUGCGGGAGCAGCGGGAGAACAGAGACAAGGACAUGUGGACGGACCUGGGCCUCUCGGCGUGGAACAUCGUGGCCGCCGCCAUGUACACGUCGCUUGCCACCUUUUCCACCAUGCUGAUGGUCGUGGCCAAGUACCCAGAUGUGCAGCAGCGCAUCAGGGACGAGGUGUUGCAAGUGUCGGGCGGGGACGGGGCGCCGCUGAAGUCUGCCGACGUUGGUCGCCUGGUCUACACAGAGGCAUUUUGGCACGAGGUUAAUCGGUGGCGGCCUGUAGCCCCGCAGGGCAUCCCUCACGCUCCCGCUCAAGACGAUGUGUACGACGGAUACCAGAUUCCCAAGCACACGGCCGUAUACGCCAACGUGUGGCACAUACACCACUCUCCGGAGGACUACGAGUCGCCCGAAAGGUUCGAGCCGGAACGGUUCCUGCGCCACCCCUUCGGGAUGCGGCCGGGCGCGGCGCACGACCCGGCCACCAUGGAGCCAUCGACGAACUCUGCAUCGGCGAGCGCUCGGGCCACGUACUCGUUUGGAUUCGGGCGCCGGGUCUGUCCCGGAAUGCAGUUGGCCAAGCAGAGCCUGAUACUGGGGCUGGCCAAGAUUCUGUGGGCAUUUGAUGUGCUGCCGGCUCAAGAAGGGGAGGAGCUCGAUCUGGGCGUCGACACGGGCUUUGUCCAGGGACUCAUCACUUUCCAUCCGAAACACCUCGAUGUCUCGCUGAGACUGAGACCUGGACGCAACAAGCAGGAUAUUCUGGACCACUACUCUGAGACCUACAAAGCCGAGGCGGAGCUUAUGGGCUGGUAG